AUGGACGCUCCGACGAAAACAAUCGAAAUCCACGGGCUUCCACAAAACGAAGAUGAAAAUGAAAGAAAAGAGCCGGUCGUUCGGAUAACUUGCAAUGGAAACAGCCAAGUCGUUGUCAUACCGUCAGAGUUUAUACCAGAGGGAGAUGGCUACCUUCUAUCAUACCUGCGCUGGAACAUCGAAGAUUAUGCGACGAAAGACCCAUUUAAACGCAUUGCACACUACGAACUUGAGAAGAAGCUGGCAAGCUACAUCUCCACUCUCAUUGAACUUGUUCUCUCGCCACUAAAGCAACCCAACGAUUUGCGGGGGAGCACAAUCAUCAUCAAGGUAUUAGACAGCUCCACAGCACCCUCUUCAUCGUUAGCUAUAAAAACCGGUGCAAACAUUGUCCCAUUGAUGCAAUGGGAGUGCCUCGAACAGAUGAACAUGUGGCCCGCCGAGGCGGCACCCAAAGUGGUCUCUGUACUCCGCUGCACGAUUUGCGAUCAGCAUCGUAACCCCACCGGGGACGGUGCAUCAAUGCCGCCUUUUAGUGCCUAUCAAAUGCAUGAACCUAUGCGCCGAGUCUUGGCUCUGAGUGCUCGACCGAAAAUUGCGGCCGACAUCCCCCAUCGCCUCAUUACACGAACUAUCUACGAAGUUGUUCAGUCGAUACAGAGCAAGGUCGACUCGGUGGUUACACUUGAUGUAGCUCGACCUGGAAGCCUUAAAGCUCUGAAAAAAUCUCUGGAUUCCCGCCCCUGGGGGUAUUAUGACAUAAUUCAUCUUGAUGUUCACGGCGUCGCAGACGAGCAGAGUGCCACUCUACUUCUCUGCGAUGAUAAGGAAAGCAGUAAAGUGCACCAUGUUCAGGCAAUAGAACUUGCAAACGUCCUCCAAGCGCAUGGCGUCCGAUGCGUCAUCACGAACGCUUGCCAGUCGGCCGCAUUCAGCCACAAUUUUGCAAGGACGUUGGUUCAACACGGUGCCUCGAUGGUUUUAGGGAUGCAGUACAAACUUCUAGAGUCUGCUGCAGAGGUUAUGGUUCGUUCCAUCUAUCAAGAUCUGUUGGAUCUUGGACGGUCUGUGCCUGAAGCUGUCCUCCACGCUCGAUGGCAGAUGAGAAUGAACCCGGACCGGCGUACCAAGUACAACGGUACUGUUCGAGUACUAGACUUCAUGAGUCCUGUCCUAUUUAUGAGUAGUAGUUUGCUGGAUCGAAAAGUGGACAUUCGGCCCUUUCCAACAACGGUAGCAGAUGAUGAUAAUUCCCGAAAACGAAAACCACGGGAAACAUUGGUCGGCCGAGAAUCCGCUAUCUUGAACCUCGAAAACGACCUCCUCAGCUGCAACAACUUAAUGUUCAUCAGUGGCGCUGCCGGUUCAGGCAAAUCUGCCCUGGCAGAACAUGUUUCCUGGUGGUGGAAGGCAACAGGCAUGGUGGCCGCGGUGCUCAAGAUUGAUUUUGCUACUUUCAGAUCCGUCAAAUGGUCUAGUAUGAUUGAGUUCCUCUGUUCCCAGGUCAGGGAGGAAAUUGUAACGGACGAAGCCACACUGUCCAAGUACCUCACAGAUAAUCCGUGUCUCGUCGUGUUCGACAGCAUAGAUGAGCUAGAACCUACUACCUCUCUCGUCAACGCCAUCUCGAGCUUCACAAAGCCGAUACGCAAAUCCUUUAAACGAACAGAUACAGGCUCUUUUUUACUUUUUCUUGGGCGAGAUGACAAGUCCGCCAUUCGAAAGAGGACUGCAGCAGACCCACUGCAUCUAGGCAAAUUGAAUCUGGAGUCUAGCCUGGAAUUCUGUGCCAGCAUACUAAAAGACAAAGGGAGAGAUUUCGCCGGUGCUGACUCUAGAAGUGCUCACCAUUUAGAGCAAAUAGUUGUCCUCUUGGAACGCAAUCCAUUGGCUAUGAAAAUCGUCAUGUUGGAUUUCGACAGGCAUGCCUCACUUGACAUAUCACAGUAUUAUGAACGCCUCACGUCAAACAAGGAGAUUCAAAUCGACAGUACUGUGAUUUCUGAGCGCGCGGUUCAAGAAGCGUUCCGGUUAAUUGAAACGCCGUGGGGGUUUCAUUCAUUUCAGCUUCCCGGCACUCCCAUGACCUAUCUCAGCCCGUUCUGGACAGUGAUACCAGCAAAUUUAGCGUCAUAUUGGAAGUUUCUUCAUCUUGCACACUGCCGUGUGCAAGCUGCAAAACUCCACGCAAAGUCCCCCCCACCAUCUGUUCUCAAAGCCGCGGCGCAAGAAAUGGACGACGUUGAGUAUGACUUUUUCCACAAGGUCACUCUAUCUGAGCUAUGGGAUCCCCUGGAGUUGGAGAGCUUGGACGCCGAAUUCAGCACUACACUGUCCUGUAUUUCUCGAUCGGGGUUUCUGGACGACAAGUCGUUUGUGGACUUUGGGCCAUCCGAAGCCACAAAGAACAAAUAUUUUACAAUAAGCCCCAUUGUAACAAUAUGUUUGAGGGCGCUGAUAAAUCAUGAACGGGGUAUUGCAGAAUGCAAUGAUCUCAUCGCGACUGCUUUUCAACGGUUCUGUCGAUGGCGGUAUCAGCUUACAUACGACAGCAACGGCGGUAACAGCUUAUGUCCGAAUCCGGCCAAUCAGUCGCAAAAGAACCAGCUGUCCUAUGAGGCGGAGAACAUCAUAACUACGAUGAAUUUCAUGUUUUCAACGACAUUCAACCCUUAUAACUGGCAUUUCAUAUACCACAGAAUACAUAGCGACUUUGCCGGUUAUCACCUGCGCUUACUGACCGUGGUUAUCCCUGUCUUAGAACGUGGGAUAGACCAUUAUACAGCAGCACUCCAGGAACUCAAGCCGAACACCUUGAGUCGAUACUGGAAUAGACGAGAAGGCGAGAACAUUGCUGGAGUCUAUGGAGAUAUUGGGAAAGCCAAUGUGCAGAAGCAAAAGAGAAUGGGUCUCAACAUGACCGAUAUAGGAACGGCUCUGACUGGCUCAUUAGAACGGGCGUUGGAAUAUGAUGAGAACCUCCCUACCGAGGAGGUAACUAUCCGUGACGAACAGGCUCAUAAGCUUCUCGAACAAGCUUAUGAGAACUAUGGAAACCACACCCAGCCCGUUCUAAUUUAUCGUCUGCAUAUGGAGUUGUUCAUGUACGCCCUUCAUGACUGGAAGGAGGGCUUUCCCCAGAAGAACCUUGGGCAACUGUUUUACGGCAGCUUAACCCACUGA